CCCCCCGUUGAAGUUUAUGGAUUACGUGCAUGACAGCGGCCACCGUAAAGGAAGACGUAAACAAAACUGACUCCCGUUCCGUCGGAACAAUCCGGAUUAUCCCGCGACCAUGGACGUAACAACACAACACUACAACAAGGACGAGUACGUGGAAACGGCUUCCGGCAACAAGGUCAGCCGGCAGACGAUCCUGUGCGGGUCGCAAAACAUCAUCCUCCACGGUAAGGUGAUUGUGCAGAGCGGAGCUAUUAUCCGGGGAGAUUUGGCUGCCGUUCGGACGGGUCGAUACUGUGUUAUUUCCAAGGGUUCGGUGGUGCGCCCGCCGUACAAGCAGUUCAGCAAGGGUGUGGCGUUCUUUCCGCUGCAGAUCGGGGACCAUGUUUACAUUGGCGAGGGGGCCAUCGUGUCGGCAGCUCAAAUCGGAUCUUACGUUUACAUCGGGAAAAAUGCUAUCGUGGGACGACGGUGCAUGCUGAAGGACAACUGUAUUAUUGAGGAUGGUGCAAUUCUUCCGCCGGAAACUACCGUGGCCAGUUACAUGCGAUACACGGUAGACGGGAAGAUUGAAGGUGGCCAGGGAAAUCCGGAUUUUGUUCCGCACGCGAUGCAGGACUUGAUGAUUGAAUACACCAAAUCUUAUUACGAAAAUUUCAUUCCCGCAAGCGGAGCUUGACGUAGAAUUUAAACAAAUAUUUAACAUACUAUUUAUUAACCAAUUUAAAAAUAUACACCCAAUCAUUAUGCUUCUUAAUAAAAAGCUCCUUAAAUAAAACAUA